GCAUGAUUGAAAAUAUCUCCAUCUCUGUCAACAAGCUUCCUUUUCCGUUCUCUUCGAAUUGUAGGGUUCCAAAAUGGGAGCUUACAAAUACAUUCAGGAAUUAUACCGCAAGAAGCAAAGUGAUGUGCUUAGAUUUUUACUUAGAAUAAGAGUAUGGCAAUAUAGGCAGUUGACAAAACUUCACCGUGCCCCUAGGCCAACACGUCCUGACAAAGCCCGCCGCAUGGGAUACAGAGCAAAACAAGGCUAUGUAAUAUUCCGUAUUCGUGUACGUCGUGGAGGACGUAAACGUCCAGUACCAAAAGGUGCCACUUAUGGUAAACCAAAAUGCCAUGGAGUUAAUGAAUUGAAACCUGUACGCAACUUACAAUCUAUUGCUGAGGAACGUGUUGGCAGACGUUGUGGCGGUCUCAGAGUUCUCAACUCUUACUGGGUAGCCCAAGACUCUUCAUACAAAUAUUUUGAAAUCAUCUUGGUCGACCCAUCCCACAACGCUAUCCGUCGUGAUCCCAAGAUCAACUGGAUCGUGAGCGCCGUACAGAAGCACCGUGAAUUGCGCGGUCUUACCUCAGCCGGCAAGUCCUCCAGAGGCUUGGGCAAGGGACACAGGUACUCGCAGACCAAGGGCGGUUCCAGAAGGGCCGCUUGGCUUAGAAGGAACUCCCUGCAAUUGCGCAGAAAGCGAUAAGUUAUAUAUAUUUUACGUUUUGAUAAACAAUAAACAGCUUAAAAGGU